AGCACUUAGCAGCUUAUCCAGUGUCCGAUUUGGAUUCCGGCAAAGGUCCAAGCAUGGAAUGCUGCCGUCGGGCAACUCCUGGCACACCGCUGCUCUUUCUGGCUUUCCUACUCCUGAGUUCCAGAACUGCACGCUCAGAGGAGGACCGUGAAGGCCUCUGGGAUGCCUGGGGCCCUUGGAGCGAGUGUUCUCGCACCUGUGGUGGGGGUGCCUCCUACUCCCUGAGACGCUGCCUGAGCAGCAAGAGCUGUGAGGGAAGAAAUAUUCGAUACCGAACAUGCAGUAACGUGGACUGUCCACCAGAAGCGGGUGAUUUUCGAGCUCAGCAGUGUUCUGCUCAUAACGAUGUCAAGUACCAUGGCCAGUUUUAUGAAUGGCUUCCUGUGUCCAAUGACCCUGAUAACCCAUGCUCACUCAAGUGUCAAGCCAAAGGAACCAGUCUGAUCGUUGAACUCGCACCGAAGGUGUUAGAUGGUACACGAUGCUAUACGGAGUCACUGGACAUGUGCAUCAGCGGCUUAUGCCAAAUUGUUGGCUGUGAUCACCAGCUGGGAAGCACCGCCAAGGAGGAUAACUGUGGGGUCUGCAACGGAGAUGGGUCCACCUGCCGGCUGGUCCGAGGGCAGUAUAAAUCCCAGCUCUCGGCAACUAAAUCAGAUGACACGGUGGUUGCCAUUCCUUACGGAAGCAGACACAUCCGCCUCGUCUUAAAGGGACCAGAUCAUUUGUACCUGGAAACCAAGACGCUCCAGGGGACCAAAGGUGAGAACAGGCUGAGCUCUACAGGCACUUUCCUUGUGGACAAUUCUACAGUGGACUUCCAGAAACUUCCAGACAAAGAGAUACUAAGGAUGGCUGGGCCCCUGACAGCAGAUUUCAUCAUCAAGAUCCAUGACUCGGGGCCUGCAGAUAGCACGGUCCAGUUCAUCUUCUACCAGCCUAUCAUCCAUCGAUGGAGGGAAACGGACUUCUUCCCGUGCUCAGCAACCUGUGGAGGAGGUUACCAGCUGACGUCAGCUGAGUGCUAUGAUCUCCGGAGCAGCCGUGUGGUUGCCGACCAGUACUGCCACUACUACCCAGAGAACAUCAAGCCGAAACCCAAGCUUCAGGAAUGUAACUUGGAUCCUUGUCCAGCAAGUGACGGAUACAAGCAGAUCAUGCCUUAUGACCUCUACCAUCCCCUUCCUCGGUGGGAGGCCACCCCGUGGACCGCGUGCUCCUCCUCGUGUGGGGGGGGCAUCCAGAGCCGGGCAGUUUCCUGUGUGGAGGAGGACAUCCAGGGGCAUGUCACUUCAGUGGAAGAGUGGAAAUGCAUGUACACCCCUAAGAUGCCCAUCGUGCAGCCCUGCAACAUUUUUGACUGCCCUAAAUGGCUGGCACAGGAGUGGUCUCCGUGCACGGUGACGUGUGGCCAGGGCCUCCGGUACCGUGUGGUCCUCUGCAUUGACCACCGAGGAAUGCACACCGGGGGCUGCAGUGCGAAAACCAAGCCCCACAUAAAAGAAGAAUGCAUCAUACCCACGCCCUGCUACAAGCCCAGAGAGAAACUUCCAGUAGAGGCCAAGCUGCCGUGGUUCAAACAAGCCCAGGAGUUAGACGAAGGAGCUGCUGUGUCUGAAGAGCCCUCGUUCAUUCCAGAAGCUUGGUCGGCCUGUACCGUCACCUGUGGUGUGGGAACCCAGGUGCGAAUAGUCAGAUGCCAGGUGCUCCUAUCUUUCUCUCAGUCCGUGGCUGACCUGCCUGUGGAUGAAUGUGAAGGGCCCAAGCCCGCCUCGCAGCGUGCCUGUUACGCGGGACCCUGCAACGGGGAAAUUCCGGAGUUUAACCCAGAUAAUGCAGACGGACUCUUGGAAGGCUUGCAGGACCUGGAUGAGCUGUAUGACUGGGAAUAUGAGGGCUUCACCAAGUGCUCCGAGUCGUGUGGCGGAGGUGUCCAGGAGGCUGUGGUGAGCUGCCUGAACAAACAGACCCGGGAGCUCGCUGAUGAGAAGCUGUGCGUGACCAGCCGACGGCCCCCACAGCUCCUGAAGUCCUGCAAUUUGGAUCCCUGCCCGGCAAGGUGGGAAAUUGGCAAGUGGAGCCCAUGUAGUCUCACGUGUGGGGUUGGCCUGCAGACCAGGGAUGUUGUCUGCUCCCACCUGCUUUCGAGAGAGAUGAACGAGGUGGUUGUCCUUGCUGAUGAGCUGUGUCACCACCCGAAACCGAACACAGUACAGGCCUGCAACCGCUUCAAUUGCCCCCCAGCCUGGUACCCUGAGCAGUGGCAACUGUGUUCCAGGACCUGUGGAGGAGGAGUUCAGAAACGGGAUGUUCUCUGCAAACAGCGGAUGGCUGAUGGUAGCUUCCUGGAGCUUCCGGAGACCUUUUGUUCGGCCUCCAAACCAACCUCCCAGCAAGCCUGCAAGAAAGAUGACUGCCCCAGUGAGUGGCUUCUCUCUGACUGGUCUGAGUGCUCUGUGAGCUGUGGGGAGGGCACCCAAACUCGAAGUGCCAUUUGCCGGAGGGUGCUGAAAACCGGGGACUCCACGGUUGUCAAUUCCACCCUGUGCCCUCCCCUGCCCUUCUCUUCCUCCAUCAGACCCUGUAUGCUGGCAACCUGUGCAAGGCCUGGAAGGCCUUCCACGAAGCACAGCCCUCACAUUGCCGCUGCCCGAAAUAUAUACAUCCAGACCCGCAGGCAGAGGAAACUGCACUUUGUGGUGGGAGGAUUCGCUUACCUGCUCCCCAAGACUACCGUGGUGCUCCGGUGUCCCACACGCAGGUUCCGCAAGCCCCUCAUCACCUGGGAGAAGGACGGCCAACACAGCAUCAGCUCCGCUCACGUCACUGUGGCCCCUUUUGGCUACCUGAAGAUCCAUCGCCUCAAGCCCUCAGACGCAGGCAUCUACACUUGUUCCGCAGGGCCCGCCCGGGAGCAAUUUGUAAUUAAGCUCAUUGGAGGAAACAGCAAGCUCGUGGCCAAGCCCCUGAGCCUUUGGAGUGAGGAGGAGGAGGCCCUGCAGGUGAGGAAGGCCAAUCCAAAGGAGGCCUUGCAAACCCACAAACACCAAAAUGGCAUCUUCUCCAACGGCAGCAAGGCUGAGAAGCGCGGCCUCUCAGCAGACCCUGGGAACCGCUAUGACGACAUUGUGUCUAGGCUGCUGGAGCAGGGUGGCUGGCCGGGAGAGCUCCUGGGCUCCUGGGAGGUGCAGGACUCUGCAGAAAGGAACACAUCCUCUGAGGAGGAUCCCAAUACUGAACAAGCCCUCUUGCAUCUCCCCUUCACCAUGGUGGCUGAGCAGAAGCGCCUAGAUGACAUCCUCAGGAACCUGUCGCAGCAGCCCGAGGAGCUACGAGACCUCUACAGCAAGCACCUGGUGGCUCAGCUGGCCCAGGACAUCUUCCGCAGCCACCUGGAGAAUCAAGGCAUGCUUCACAAGCCCUCUGAGCAGAGGUUUCCUCCCGUGGCCAUCCCACCUCAUAAACACGUCUCUAGCUUCAGCAGCUCCCUACGGAGCUCCUCUGCGGAGGCCGGGGGCAGCUCCCGCAGGCCUCACCGCAAGCCCACCAUCUUGAGAAAGAUCUCAGCGGCGCAGCAGCUCUCAGCCUCCGAGGUGAUCACCCACCUGGGGCAGACUGUAGCUCUAGCCAGCGGGACCCUGAGUGUGCUUCUGCACUGUGAAGCCGUAGGCAACCCAAGACCUACCAUCCACUGGACCAGGAACGGAGAAGCGGUUCAGUUCAAUGACAGGAUUCUUCUACAGCCAGAUGAUUCCUUACAGAUCUUGGCACCAGUGGAAGCUGAUGUGGGCUUCUAUACUUGCAAUGCCACAAAUGCCUUGGGAUAUGACUCUGUCUCCAUUGCUGUCACAUUAGCAGGAAAGCCACUCGUGAAAACAUCCCGAAUCACCGUGCUCAACACAGAGAAGCCUGCAGUCACAGUGGAUGUCGGAGGCACCAUCAGGACAGUGAGAGGCGUGAAUGUGACCAUUAACUGCCAAGUGGCAGGUGUGCCUGAAGCUGAAGUCACUUGGUUCAGAAAUAAAAGCAAAUUGGGCUCCUCCCACCAUCUGCAUGAGGGCUCCUUGCUGCUCACAAAUGUGGCCUUCUCUGACCAGGGCCUAUAUUCCUGCAGGGCAGCCAAUCUUCACGGAGAACAGACAGAGGGGACACAGCUACUGAUUCUAGAUCCCCCACAAGUCCCCACACAGUUGGAAGACAUCAGGGCCUUGCUCUUAGCCACUGGACCGAACCUUCCUUCAGUGCUGAUGUCUCCUGUGGGAACACAGCUGGUCCUGGAUCCUGGGAAUUCGGCUCUCCUUGGCUGCCCCAUCAAAGGUCACCCCACCCCCAACAUCACCUGGUUCCGAAAUGGCCAGCCAAUUGCCGCUGCCCCAGGGCUGACCCACCACAUCUGGGGAGCAGGACAAAUCCUCCAGGUGGCAAAUCUCAGUGGAGGGCCUCAAGAGGAGUUCAGCUGCCUGGCUCAGAAUGAAGCAGGAACGCUCACGCAGAAAGCGUCUCUGGUGAUCCAAGAUUACUGGUGGUCUGUGGACAGACUGGCGACCUGCUCAGCAUCCUGUGGUAACAGAGGGGUUCAUCAGCCCCGCCUCAGGUGCUUGCUGAACACCACGGAGGUGGACCCUGAGCACUGUGCUGGAAAGCCUCGGCCUGCCGUGCAGCCUGUUGCCUGCAACCGGAGAGACUGCCCUUCUCGGUGGAUGGUGACCUCCUGGUCUGCCUGUACCCGGAGCUGUGGUGGAGGCAUCCAGACACGCCGGGUGACCUGUCAGAAGUUGAAAGCAUCUGGGAUUUCUACCCCGGUGUCCAAUGACAUGUGCACUCAGCUGGCUAAACGGCCCGUGGACACCCAAGCCUGUAACCAGCAACUGUGUGUGGAAUGGGCUUUCUCCAGCUGGGGCCAGUGCAAUGGGCCUUGCAUAGGCCCUCGCCUCGCUGUGCAGCACAGACAAGUCUUUUGCCAGACCCGGGAUGGCAUCACCUUACCAUCAGAGCAGUGCAGCGCCCUCCCCAGGCCUGUGAGCACCCAAAACUGCUGGUCAGAGGCCUGCAGUGUACAUUGGAGGGUCAGCCUAUGGACCCUGUGCACAGCGACCUGCGGCAACUAUGGCUUCCAGUCCCGACGGGUGGAGUGUGUCCAUGUCCGCACCAACAAGGCUGUACCUGAGCACCUGUGUUCCUGGGGGCCCCGGCCUGCCAACUGGCAACGCUGCAACAUCACUCCCUGUGAAAACACUGAGUGCAGAGACACCACCAGGUACUGCGAGAAGGUGAGACAGUUGAAACUCUGCCAGCUCGGCCAGUUCCGGUCUCGCUGCUGUGGAACAUGCGGCAAAGCCUGAACACAGGGCAUGGGGAUGAACACCACCCUGGCCGUACAAAGGACUCAUACAGCCUGAAGACAGGGCACGGGGAUGAAUACCACCCUGGCCACACAAAGGACUCAUACAGCCACCUGGGACAUGACUUAUGCUUUCUUCCUUUUAUUUAUUUAUUUGCCCCUCCCCACACACCCAUGUCCACCUGCGCCCGCGAUCCUAGGGACCCUACCGUGUUUUCUUAUUCAGCUAGCUGGAACAAGUGUUGAGAACAGAGAGAGAGAGAGAUGUCUGAAGGAGGUUACAGAGCAGACCAGGCGGACAGCAGCUCCCUUGUAGAGCUGGCUCCUUCCCAAUCAGGGUCUCAGAGACACAGGAAGAGAAAGCCAUAGUCCAUAGGGACGGCAGGGAGCUGGGGUUUGUGAUACAUAGGUACAGGCACAGGCCAACCAGGAGUAUCAUUCCUUUGUUUCCUGGGUGGUAUGAUGGUAAGAAUAGGGGAAACACCAGACUGGAGCAGAAACCAGCCCAGAAUCCAGUUCUUCUAGAGGGGGAGGGGAACGGAGAAAGGAAACUCAACCAUGGGCAGAUGUCACAAAGGAGACAUGCAGAAUAGACAGAAGGCAUACGGCUAUGCAAGAGAUGGAGGCAGGGAAGAGGUGGGAGAAGAGAGCUUGUGUGUGCUCCUUGGUGGGAGGAGCUAGCAGGCAGGACAGAUUUUAAAGCAGCCACGUGAAACCCCAUCUGACAGACCCGUGCAUUGGUACAUGCGCUGUGCUGUAGGUCAGCAGAGGUGAGAAGGGUGUCUGUCCGGCGUCUUCUCAGGGUACCCAUGCUGCAUGAAAGAAGGUGUGCCCUUCGUGUGCUUCUGGAGGCGCCUCUCCUGUCUAUCAAGUAACCUUUGUGUCUGCAGCUGGGGAAAACCUAACAAGAGGGUCCGGCUCUGGCUGUGAAAUAAAGCUGUCGCUGGCAUCUCGGUAUUUUAAAUCAAGGCUCGCUAGCCCUGAACUAACUGCUGCUGUGGGCCAUGGGCAUCUGAGCCUGAGUACACCAGGUUUUCCACCUGAUUGACUUUGCCAGGGACGAGAAUCAUUGCUCACAAAGGAUUCAUUAAGCGAUCUGUUGGCUGGCAAACAUCUAUGGGGUGUAGCAACGCUUCCUACCAGAGCAGGCCAGGGAACAGGGUAGAACAGAGGGGCCCUGCAUGCCCCCACAGUGUGCUUUCCUUAUCCCCGCCAUCACACAUUGGGCCUGUGGGCCCUUCCCAUACACAGAAGAGCAGCUGUGCAUCCUAUUUAUCCAGCAGGGUCGGGUAGGGUGGGAGUAGUAGGCUGCUAUGGCCAAGCAAGAGGAUGGCCAGAGACUCACGAGACAGUCCAUCCCCCCAACACAAAUACUACCCACCUAUGUAGUUAGCACACCAGACUGGGUGAACGGACCACUCAGCAGGCCAAGCAGCACACACGUCAGCUGUGGAUAAGGCUAAACCAAAAGCCCUUGGCAAAGCCCCACUCGGCAGAGAAGCUUCAAUGCUAAUAUUUGCUUCCUCCCCGGAGCAGUCUCAGCGUAGCAGAUCAGGCAGCCAGAGCCCGGUACCCACCAUCAGAUAAACAACCCCUCUCAUACUCGCCAAAGUGAUGUCGCUGCCACCGACAUCAGGGCUGCCAUUGUCCAGCUGUCCCAGAAGUUUGGAAGAUGGUGGUAAUCUGUGUCCUCACUAGGUGCGCUACGGACAGUUAGGGUGGGCCUCGUCCUCAUCCCAGAAAUAGGCUCUAAGAAACUGAGUUACUAAAAAUCAGUGUAAUGUUUAUUUAAAAUAAAAGAGAGUGUUUCUAUGUAUAUCUUUUGUGAAUAUUUAUUAGGAUUUCUUGUAUAAAAAAAAAGUGCAAUAUUGGUAAUUGUACAUUGUCAUCCAGAAAAGCAAAAACUCUUUGGGGGAUUUACUUCCUGCAGCUGUAUUCCUAAAAACUCUGUGGUGAUAACUGUAUUCUUCCUAAUUUUAAAAGAAAACUGGUGUUUAACUCUGAUCCAUUUUUCACUGUGUACACAGAGUGCAUUAAAAAGCUAAUGUGGGAUGGGGGGCAAUAAAGUUGAUUCGUUUGUGACAUGGAACAGACACAAAUCUGUCAACUAAUACCAUUGAUUAGCUCAACAGCUAUUCAAAAUUGGUGGUCAGCAUUUGGAUUUCCGAAAAGACAGGCAUCUUCCAGCUCUGCCCCGUGUCAGAAGGUGGAGUCGGGUGUGCCUUUCCCAGCAAGCUGGAGAGCUUAGGUUUGGGAGGGAAAGCAGUGUGCGCCUUGCAUGAGAUGAAUGUACAUUGAAUAUUUGUUCUGUGAAUUGCGACUCAGCAAUGCCACAAAUUAUCGGGGCUGCUGGAUAAUGUGGAAGGAGGCCCUUCCUCCUCUAAAACACGAAACUGUAUUUAUAUAUUUUUUGUACAGA